AUGAGCUCUCUCCAAGAUUCCAUCACUCAAGCUCAUUACAUUGUCGUCGGAGGUGGCACAUCCGGCUUGGUCGUUGCCAAUCGGUUGACCGAGAAUUCCGAUGUGCAUGUUCUUGUUCUUGAAGCGGGUGUAAACCGUAAUGAUGACCCUCGAGUUCAGGUUCCUGCUUUCUGGACAACGCUACUAGGCUCCGAAGCCGAUUGGCAGUUCCGUUCUGUUCCCCAACCAGGUCUAGGCGGUCGAACGAUCAGCGAGCCGCAGGGGAAGCUUCUUCGAGGCUCGUCCGCUAUCAAUUGCCAAUCCUUCAUCGCCCCUGCACAAGCUGAGAUCGAUUCAUGGGCUAAAUUAGGAAACGAUGGUUGGGACUGGGCCGCUCUAUCUCCAUACUACAAGAAAUUCUAUACUCUUUCACCACCACCCGACAGUGAGACUCUCGAGCAUCUAGGUAUUGACUGGAUAAAUGAAGAUUACUGCGGAAAAUCUGGACCCAUUCAAGUAUCAUUUCCUGGAGUUAUCCAGAAUCCGCUUUGCAAGGCCUGGAUCGAUAGCGUUCGUGGCUUUGGAAAAUUAACUACUGGAGAUCCUUUCUCUGGAAACUCGACUGGGGCAUAUAGCAAUGCAGCUACGGUCGAUAUUGCUACCAAGACUCGAAGCUACGCAGGCUCUGCGUAUGGUAUACCGGCUCUUCAGAGACCGAACUUUCACUUGAUUACUGACGCUACAGCUCAUAAGAUUUUGUUCGAGGAAACAAGCAGUGGCGUUGUUGCAACUGGUGUACUGGCAUCUGCUAACGGUGAGAUUAAGCAAUUUACCGCCACCAAAGAAGUUAUUCUCGCCGCUGGAGUGUUCAACACACCCAAACUGCUUGAAUUAUCAGGCAUAGGAAAUGAAAGUUUGCUCAAGAAGCACAACAUUCCGGUCGUCAUUAGUAAUUCUGGCGUAGGAGAAAAUAUGCAGGAUCAUUUAAUGACGGGUGUUAGCUUUGAGGUUGUUGAUGGAGUACCAACUGGCGAUCCUCUGUUGCGCCAAGAGCCCCAGGCGUUGGAACUUGCUCAGAAAUUGUACACCGAGAAUAAAUCAGGUCCCUUUACUAUUGGUGGAGUACAAUCUCACGCAUUCAUGCCCAUCCUGGAAUUUUCCGACGAGGAAGAUGUGGAACAUUUUGAAGCUGUACGUUCGAUCAUCGAAAGUCCAGGAGAAUGUUCGGCGGCUUGGUUAAUAUUUCUCGCUCAAACGAAUCUACAUGAGGGGGGAAAGAGUUUUGUAGGGUCAGAUCUACAACCAGAAAAUUUUGCUAGUCUUGGCUGUUGCCAAAGUCACCCGUUCUCUCGAGGAUCUACUCACAUCUCCUCAUCAAAUGUUGAUGAUCUACCUGACAUUGAUCCACGAUUCCUAUUGCAUCCUGCUGAUCUCGAGAUCUUCGCGCGUCAUAUACAGACCCUCGAGACACUUCGUCAAACGAAAGAACUCUCGGCCUUCUUCAAACCUGACGGGAAGCGAAACCACCCAGACUCCUUCCAUAUCCAUACUCUUGAGGGAGCCAAGAAGUACGUCCUUGACACUGCCGUGACUGCUUAUCACACUUGUGGUACCGCUGCAAUGCUACCAAAGGAAAAGGGGGGUGUUGUAAAUGAUAAGCUGAUCGUUCACGGUACGAGUAAUUUACGCGUGGUUGAUGCAAGUAUUUUCCCACUGAUUCCACGUGGGAACAUCCAAUCCUUGGUGUAUGCUGUGGCGGAAAAGGCUGCAGAUAUCAUCAAAGCUUUUUGA